CGCGCCUUCCCGUGAGCGUGCGCGCGCCCGAGUGCGUGCGUCACCAGCGGUCGCUCCCGCGGGCUGGGCUGUCGGCGACUGGUGUUGCAAAGCGGGAACAGCGGCGGCGAGAAGAGGAGCGAACAGGCAAAGGAGUUCAGAAUCUGGAGCCUUCUGUCGUCUCUGGGGAGAAACUGGAUUGUUCUGAGCCCUAGUACAGAGCAAGGGGCGAACGUGCCAACACCGGCCUUGGAUGACCAUUAGAAAGAGGCCUCUGAUAGGAGACAGACCAAGGAUUGGCUUGAAUUUGCUGAAGUCUCCCUCUGCUCCCCACAAAGCUAAUUCUAACUGGGAUUUGAACAUAUGACCCAGAGGCUAAGGGGGUUCCAGUACCACCAUCUAGAAGUCGACAGUGUGGGGAGUUGGAGUGACCCGGCUGGAUGUGAACCCCAGGACAGAAUGGUGCUGGACUCAGGGGCUCAGGUGUAUGAACAGGCACCCCCCAGCCCACCAACCAGUCCCUCGUCCUUGGGCCAUAGACUGAAGCCCUCAGACCGAGAUGGGACACUGCUGUACCCCUGGCCUCAGUCCCUGGCCUUGCCCCUGGCUCUGUCAAUCCCCUCAGCCCUGCGGCCCCGGCCUGAGCUGCAGCCCUACUCAGAGCUGCACUUGGGCCUCCGUGGCCACAUGCGUCGCAGUGAGAGCACCUAUACUGUAAAUAGUACUGGCCGGCGGGGGGGUGGCACCCAGGGUCGGGCCCCACCUGGACGGGGACGGGACCCAGGUGGGGGAACCCUGCGGCCUGCAGCCUCCCUGCCUCACAUUGCUAAGACUCGAAAGGAUGCAGGCCGUGGUGCCAGCAAGAGCCCUUGCAUGUUGGUGGCCUUGCGGCCAACCAAUAUGGACCGAGAGCGGGACAAGUUCUUCCAGUCCCACUACACCUACAACCCACAGUUCGAGUACCAGGAGCCCAUGCCCACGGCUGUGCUGGAGAAGUACUGUGAGGCUUCUGGACAGUUCAUCCAUCAGGCAGUUGGCAUCAUUGAGGCUGUCCUGGAGAAGUUUGGUACCUAUGAACACUUCGAAGCUGCAACGGGGGGCCAGCUGCUGACCAAGUGCCAGAUCUGGUCCAUUGUUCGCAAAUACAUGCAGAAGGAGGGCUGCGUUGGGGAGGUUGUGGUGCAGCUGAGUGAAGACCUGCUGUCCCAGGCAGUGAUGAUGGUGGAGAACAGCCGACCAACACUGGCCAUCAACCUGACGGGAGCCCGCCAGUACUGGCUGGAGGGCAUGCUGCGGCACGAGAUAGGCACUCACUACCUGCGGGGCGUGAACAACGCGCGGCAGCCGUGGCACAGUGCGGAGGGCCGGCUGCAGUACGGACUGCGGCCAGCGAACCCCACCGAGGAGGGCUUGGCCAGCCUGCACAGCGUGUUGUUCCGCAAGCAGCCCUUCCUAUGGCGUGCCGCCCUGCUCUACUACACCAUCCACCGCGCCUCGCGCAUGUCCUUCCGCCAGCUCUUCCAGGACCUGGCGCGCUACGUGCAGGACGCUGACGUGCGCUGGGAGUACUGCGUGCGCGCCAAGCGCGGCCAGACUGACACCUCGCUGCCCGGCUGCUUCAGCAAGGAUCAGGUGUACCUGGAUGGCAUCGUGCGCAUUCUGCGGCACCGCCAGACCAUCGAUUUCCCGCUGCUGACCUCACUGGGCAAGGUGUCCUAUGAGGAUGUAGACCACCUGCGGCCCUAUGGGGUGCUGGACAAUACCCGGGUGCCCCACUUCAUGCAAGACUUGGCACGCUACCGGCAGCAGCUGGAGCACAUCAUGGCCACUAACCGGCUGGAUGAGGCAGAACUGGGCCGCCUGCUGCCUGACUGAGGCUGGCUGAGAGUUACAGCCGGAGGCUCUGGACAGAGGGCUCCAGAUCAGCUCUCAGAACAUGAAGAUGACUGUUCUGUGCUUCCAUGGCCUGGGUGUUUCUUGGUGAACUGGAGGGCAGGAGCAUCCCAGGAGGUAGGAGUGGCAACAUCAGAGCCUUUGGGUCCUUUGCUAGCCUCUCUGGGGCCUAGGGACCAGUAGUAGCAUGUCAAGCAAACUGAGUCUGCCCUCCUACGUCCGGCUCUCUGUUGAACAGAGGGGAAGCCUGGGGGCAGGAGGGAGGCUGAGCAUGAUGGGGAUGGGGGGUGGUUUGGGAGUAGAAACUUGUUCUUGCAUGAGAUGGCUUUGGGUGUCUGCAUACUCCAGUGUCUCCCUUCCCCCACCUGGCCCCUCGGUGCUCCUUUAGCUUUCACGCUUUCUACCUCUCACUGGGUCCUGGUGGGGAUCUCCCUUCUCCUAGGGUGACUGCCUGAGCAUGAGGGUCUGGCUUUCAGACAGGCUCAAGGGGCAGCGGUCCUGGUGGUGGAGACCCAGCUGGGCUGGGGUGUGCUUUCUGGCAUUUUGCCUCUCCCACUGCUCAUGUAUUUAUACCCUAUUUAUGUGCUCUGCUUCCUGGGGCUGGGAGGCAGCAGCUUCUAAAGGUGUGGUGGAGGGAACAGUGCUCCUCUGGAAGGCACCAACAGUUCCUAGCCCCACUCUCCUCUCUGUCUCUCUGUCUCUCUCUCACACACACACAGUCCUUUAGGCCUUGUGAGUCAAGCCCAAGAGCUCACUUGGCCUUGCCCCCAGCCCCCAGCCCCUCCAACGGCCUGUGCUGCUCCUGUGUCUUUGCCCACACCCUCACAGCUGGCCUCUGGCAGAGGGUGGCAUAGGCUGGCAACAGCCACAUUUGAGACUGAGGGGCAGGCCCCUAGCUGUUGUCCCAAGUCUUGAGCCACCCCUCCCCCAGAUCAAGAUGGUGUAGAGGUGCUUGUUGCUUCUGGUUUCACCUCAGACUCAGCUGUGUGAUGCUGACCCAUUCCCACUCUCACCCUUGCCCUUGGUUUUCCCAUCUGUAAAACUCAGAAAUGCAACUGGAAAGUCCUUAUUCAUCUUGUCAGUGAAUGUGUGUAGAGCACCUUCUGGGUGCCAGUUACUGGUCAGAACCCUCCCUGAGUCCCCAGUCCAGAGAGAAGCCAGACAAUUAAAACAAUUACAAUGAA